AUGAAAACGGACAUGAGGCAGCUGACUGAUGGUGAGGAAAUUUCGUCAUGGAACGCUGGAGGCGCUGGAUCAAUCUGCAUAAGAUCCUACCAGCUCUUUUGGCUACUUCGACUCUAUCCUCUGCAUAAAAAAACCAUCACCAUCAUCAACCACUACUCUCUAACAUCAGCAGCUGAUGAUUUGGAACUUGACGCCUUUAAAGAAAAUUUGGAAAAAGUUAUCCACAAAGAAAACUACUUCUAUAAGUACGGGGUGACUUUAAUGUGA